AGUAGGAGAGGAGCCCGGCGUUGUAGUCCAGCACGAACCAGCGUGUCUGUCGGGCUUCCCCGUCGAGCCCAAAGGCCCGGGUGUGCUCCUGAAAGAGCUACGUGACCAGGGUGCACCCAUGAAAAAAAAAAAAACCAUUCGUGACUCGAGGUAACCUUUUUAGGGUAAGGCUGGUUGAAAAUAGGACACGGCUUUCCUGUGGACUGAUCCAGGAAUGCGGAGAAAAAAAAUCCCUCAAUUUGUUUUUUUAAUGGGUUACAAAUGCAGUAAUAAACUACAAUCAAGUAGAAAAUGAAGGCUUCUGUGUCAUCUUCAGUCUCCUGCUGCUGUCUUUUAAAGAAUUACGUUUGGUUUAGGGGGUUAUGAAGAGGAAGACAGAUGGGAGAGAAUCACCCUUACCCUACAAACAUUCAUUCUUAAAGGAGGAUAAUUAAAUCAAGUAUGCCAAUAAGUGCCAUCCUAUCGAGUGCAAAUCCUGUGUAUGAGAAAUUCUACCGACAGGUUGAUUCUGCUAAUGCUGGAAGAGUGUUAGCUUCUGAUGCAGCUGUUUUCUUGAAAAAGUCUGGAUUGACAGAUUUGGUACUUGGAAAGAUUUGGGACUUAGCUGAUACUGAUGGCAAAGGUGUCCUGAGCAAACAGGAAUUUUUUGUGGCUUUACGACUUGUAGCAUGUGCACAGAAUGGAUUGGAUGUUUCCCUGAGUAGUCUUAAUUUGCCUGUUCCUCCACCAAGAUUUACUGAUACUAAUAGUCCUUUGCUACUCAGUGGAACAGGAUCAACUGAUGUACCAUGGGCUGUUAAGCUGGAAGACAAGGCCAAGUAUGAUGCCAUUUUUGACAGCCUAAAUCCUGUGAAUGGACUGUUGUCAGGUGAUAAGGUGAAACCUGUCCUCCUUAACUCAAAACUGCCAGUGGAUAUCUUAGGACGAGUGUGGGAACUGAGUGAUAUUGACCGUGAUGGAAUGUUGGAUCGAGAUGAGUUUGCAGUUGCCAUGUUUUUGGUGUACUGUGCUUUGGAGAAAGAACCGGUGCCAAUGUCCUUGCCUGCAGCUUUGGUGCCACCAUCCAAGAGAAAACCUAUUAGUGUUCCAGGAGCAAUGCCAUUAAUUCCAUCUUCAACAUCUACUAAAGAGUCUCAUCAGUCCUUGCCACCUGUGGGCAUUUUAGCUGCCAAAACACCAUUAACACAGUGGGUUGUGUCGCCUGCAGACAAAAUGAAGUAUGAUGAGAUCUUUGUGAAAACUGACAAGGACAUGGAUGGAUUUGUGUCAGGUGUGGAAGCCAGAGAACUAUUCUUGAAGACAGGGCUGCCUUCUGCUCUUCUUGCGCAUAUCUGGGCUCUCUGUGACACAAAGGACUGUGGAAAGCUUUCCAAGGAACAGUUUGCUUUGGCUUUCUAUUUAAUUAAUCAGAAGCUAACAAAGGGCAUUGAUCCACCUCAGGCUCUGACUCUAGAGAUGAUUCCACCUUCAGACAGGGGGCUCAGUUUACAGAAGAGCACUCAAGGACCGAACCCUGCAGCAGAUUUUUCUGCAAUUAAAGAACUUGAUACACUAAACAAUGAAAUAGUAGACCUGCAGAGGGAAAAGAAUAAUGUAGAGCAAGACCUGAAGGAGAAAGAAGAUACCAUCAAGCAAAGGACAAGUGAGGUCCAGGAUCUACAAGAUGAAGUAAAGCGGGAGAGCAGUCACCUGCAGAAGCUGCAAGCUCAGAAGCAGGAAGCACAGGAAAUUCUUAAUGAUCUUGAUGAGCAGAAGGCCAAGUUGGAAGAGCAACUUAAUGAUAUCAGGCAGAAGUGUGCAGAGGAGGCCCAUUUGAUUGCCAUGCUGAAGGCUGAAAUAACAAGCCAAGAAUCAAAGAUUUCAGCCUAUGAAGAUGAACUGAGCAAAGCUCAAGAGGAGCUGAGUCGCCUGCAGCAAGAAACUGCAGAGCUUGAGCACUGCAUAGAGUCUGGGAAAGCACAGCUGGGACCUCUUCAGCAACAUCUGCAGGAUUCACAACAGGAAAUCAAUUCAGUGCAGACAAAACUUCUUGAGCUGAAAGAGCUGGAAAAUACCCAGUUUAGUUGGCACCCUGAGCCACCUCAUAUGCUCGUUAAUGGAACUGCGGAUCAUUCUAGUCUGAGCAAUAGCAGCAGUGAAACUGCUAACCUUAAUGAGAAUGCUGAAAGGGAAAGUAUAGUGGAAGAAGAACAAGCAAACAGGGUGUCUCCAAUAAGGAAUAGUCCUGAAACAACAGUCUCUGUUGUGGAAGAAGAGAAAGAGACUCCAGCUGCAGCUGCUACCAAAAAAGAAGAUCCAUUUGAUGCUGAAUCUCAUCCAUUGCCUGAUUUAGUUUCUGAAGCCAGCUUAGAGUUCUUCCAGUCUGACCCUUUUGUUGGCAGUGAUCCCUUCAAAGAUGACCCUUUUGGGAAAAUUGAUCCCUUUGGUGGUGAUCCCUUCAAAGGCUCAGAUCCUUUUGCAGCUGACUGUUUUUUCAAACAAUCCUCCAGUGAUCCUUUUAUGACUGCUGGCUCUGAUCCAUUUAGCACUGCAGACAACAGUAAUAGUACCACAACAGAGACAUUGAAGAAGAAUGACCCUUUUGCUCCUGGUGGAACAACUGUUACUACAUCAAGUGACCUAGCUACUGACCCCUUUGCCUCUCUGUUUGGAAAUGAAUCCUUUGGAAGUGGCUUUGCUGACUUCAGCACACUGUCAAAGGCCAACAAUGAGGAUCCCUUUAGUUCUUCCACAUCAGGCUCUGUCAGCAGUGUGAUCAUAACUAAAAACUUAUUUGAGGAACCACCAGCUAAAAAUGAGGAUGUUCCUCCUGCAUUGCCCCCUAAAACAGGAACUCCCACAAGGCCCUGUCCACCACCACCUGGGAAAAGACCUAUCAAUCAAAUAGACUCUUCAGAUUCCUUUAAACCGAGCGAUCCAUUUCAGCCUUUCCCCACCCUAGACAUUCCCAAAGAACAAGAAGCAGAUCUAUUCUGUGAUCCAUUUGCUCCUACCAGCAUCAGUAAAGAGACUGACCCCAACAAUUUUGCAAACUUCAGUACUUAUUCUACUGAGGAAGACAUGAUUGAAUGGGCUAAGAGGGAAAGUGAGAGAGAAGAGAAAGAGAGAUUGGCAAGACUAAAACAACAAGAGCAAGAAGACUUGGAACUGGCUAUUGCACUCAGUAAAUCUGAAAUAUCAGAAGCAUGAAGUUUAGAAUAAGUCUUAUGACAACUGUUUGUCCCUUUUCCUGAAUACCUAACCUAUUUAAAUGUUAAUCAGAAGAUACAUAUAUACAAGAAACUAUGAAAGGUUUUAAAUUUCUGAAAGUGGUAUGAAUGUUCCUGCUAAAUUCAAUCCUUUUGGUUAUUGUUUGAAUAACUGUUAAGUUUCUCUCACGUUUUCAGAAGAACAAAGUACUUUUCCCAGCUGUAAGCAAAUCAGUUUAAAAUGCAGGUAGUGAGAUUGUAGUUUGACUGUAAUCUGUCAGCAGUUGGUAAUUGAGCAUAAAGUGAACCUAACAAUUAUUCUGCCAUGGCUGACUGCUCCCAUCAAACAGUUAGUCACUGGAAACCUUUCAUCCUUCUUAAGAGAUUUUGGUAAUGCCAGAGUUGUGGAGUGCUUCAUUUUCUAUGUAUGCAUAUAGAUUUUUCUCUUCAUUGAAGAUUCUGCAUUUGGAUCUGAAAAAAAACAAACACAACAAUCUUCAUGGAGUCUUAAGUCAGAAAGAGUGUGUCUUUCUGAAACUAGUACUUUUCUUGCAUGGUCACAGGUUUUAAGACAGACCUGUUGUUUUGUUUUAUAAAGCAGUUAGGUUGAAGAUUCAUGUGCAUUUGCUGUUGGCCAAGAGGACUGUCAAAUUAGAGACCCCACUGCUAUUUGAGCCACUUUUGCCUGUGAAAUAUGCAGCUGAACUGGCAAGUUCAAUUUGAAAGAGGAUUGAGACUAGAAAGAAAAAACAGGUAGUCUGAUUUAUUAUUUUUUUUUUUAACCACAGUUGUUUCCUGUAAUGUAAUUUAUUGAAUGCCAACUGAUAGUUGCACCUUAAACUGAAUGAUUUCUUUAUGGUCACUGAGUCAGAGUAGGAUUGAUAGAAUGUUAAAUGAAAAUAACUUAAUGAAAAUAACUUAUUGUUCAUUUUGAAAUAACUAUUCUGGAGAAUCGGUUUCAUUAAAAUAAUUCCAAAAAGAAUAACCUUUUGCCCUAUCUAAGAAGAGUGGAUGUCAGCAGCAUAAACAUCAAGAGAUUUUUUUUCUUUUUUCUUGCACUUUUGACCUGUGGUAUUUCUAUUCAGGAGAUUGAAGUGUUUUAACACACAGCACUGGGGGGAAGGGGGAGAACUCAGCCAUGCUUCAGUAUAUUUAAGCUCUUCCCAUUACCUAUCAAUGCUGCUGUUGCACGAUUUUGAGGGUAGUUUUCAAUUUUUCAGGAAAAAGAAGUAACCUGACUGGGAUGUUUUUUAUUUUUGCACUGGGAAAUGAGCAUUUAAACAUCUGCUCAACAAAAGUAACUUAAAAUUUUGCAAGUAUUAAAUACUUAUAACUUAUCUAUACAUCUUUGUAAUGAGUGUACACUAAUCUUGCAAAUCAUAUGCUUAACUGGAUUACAUAGUUUCUUAUCUUUUGUUAAAAAUGUAUGCUCAGUGGACCAACACAAUGUUAUAUGUAUAUAUUAUAUAUAUAUAUUCCUGCUUUCCUUUACGGAAUUUAAAGUUUUGAGUCAUUUGAUGUUACAUUUCAUGUUACUGACUCUGACUAUAGUACUUUUAUUCAGACUACCAACAAACCACUGCUGUGAGCUAAAUGGCAUUACUUUAUUACUUUAUCCCACCUGUUUGGGUGGGAUUAGCCUCUAUUUAUAGACUUCCAUUUUGUUUAAAAAUUCUAACAAUAGCCUGUAAUUAUGAAGAAAUAAAGUUUAAGUACAUAAGUAUGAACUCUGCCUAUUUUUUCAAAAGGUGCUGUGAGCUGUAAAGCAACAUAUAAAUGUAAUGCAAAGAAUAUAAAAUGUUCCAGUUGUAAUCUCAUGAGAGUGGGUUAAUUUUCACAGAAGGCAGUUUCCUCAAUAUUGAGGUUACCUGAAGCUCACAGUAAUACCUCAGCUGUCACUUGCUUCAUUAGGAGUUGUGGCAGCUUCAGAGAAAACACAGGCUACUCUUGGCCAAGGGUUUUUGCCCACAAAAGGGUUGCAGAGCCCAAAUGUUUAGAUACUUAAGAUGUAUCUAUGAGGAUAUGUAAGCAUCCUCUACUGGCUGUUGUCAGCAUACAAGGCAUAAGAAAUCUUUAGUUUGACCCAGCAUGUAUGAUUCUUAUAAAUGUGUCUUUCAGCAUCUCUGCUGUAUGUGAAGGUGUCAAGUGCUUGGUCAGAGGUUCAGGAGUUCAGCAACCAUUUACACGUGUCUUUGAUCCUUUUGUUACAGAAGUGCCAGGUUUUAUUACACUCACCUAAGGGGACACAAAUCUCCUUGUCUAUUUUCCCUUACUGGGACAUCAGUUGGAUUAAGCAACCUAGUAUCUUCAUUAAUUAUAUCAGGUUCACACAUAUUGUUGGGACUAUUUUAAACCUCCUGUGGACUGUCCUGUUUUGUUUUUUUUUUCCAAGUCCCCUGUCAAGUUUCCAGCUUGGACACUCUUAGCCUCUCACUGUGCUGCUUUCAACCCUCUCUCUCCCCUCCAAGUUGUGUGCAGUCCAUUUAGCUCUUUAUCAUGAAACUGAAGAUGGUUGCUAAUCAUCUUAAAUAAUUUGAUACCCUCUUUUCACCUUCUUUCUCUAACUUCCUAUACUAUGAAGUUCUGCCACGUGAAAGUUUCUGUUGCAUUCACAGAAUACCAUUGCACUCAAAAGACUGAAGAUCUAAUGUUUAGCAGAUGAAUUGGCCACUUGACAGUUACAUUUCCAAUGCAAUUAUCUGAAGCAACUGGAAACUGUAUUGGAAUAAUGUACUGGGGAUCCAUGUUGUUUGUUCUAUCACUGUGAAAUGUUGACAAGGAAUAAAAUGGAAAUAAAGGUGCUUAUUUAAUGCCUGAUAUACCAGGUUGACUGGAACUGAGUUCUUUAGAAAGCUGUCUGCUUUAGCAGAGUGGACUCUAAGCCAGGAGACUUGAUGUGACAGAGAAUACCAGCCCUUCCGCUUAAUACUUAAAAGCUGUUGUUAUACCUCAGUAUUGGGCUUACCAGUUUAUUUGGUUUACAUGGAUUUCCUUGCCAUCCUUUGCCACCUGCUGUAUGUCACCUCUUCACAGAAAUAGCAUCCAGCUGUUGGAACUGUCUUGCCUACUGUUGUUUCCCCACUUGCUUCUCAAAUGCGUCAUUUAGCUAUUUAAAUUGACUGUUUCAGAAUUUGAAGAUUUAGCAAAAUUGGAACUUCAGUAUUGUAAUGUUUUAGUCAUGCUUUAGCCUGAAUCUUCAAGGUGAUUUUGUCAGAUAACAAGCCAUCAGGUCUAAGUCAAUAAUAUCCCGAAACAGAAGUUAUUUUCAUCCACAGUCUGGUUAAAGAAACAUGAAUAGCAAAAAACCCCACAUAAAUAAUACCACCUGCAUUGCUAUUCCUUGCUCAGAAUACUUAAGAAUUCUUGUUGUGCUAAAAUUGAGAGAUCUACAGCUGCUGGGACUUUAUAUCUUAAACUGAAACAAGAAGCAUUACCUUUUAAAGCUAGGUGAAAGAGGGGAAAAAUGCUGCAUUGUUUGGAUGUGUAUUUAAGAGGUCAGGGUGUUGUUUCUAGUUAUCUCUUGCUGAUGUGUUAAGUGAUUUUGGACAAACCACUUCUUAAUGCUAAUCUGUUUCCUGUUUUCUAAAGGACAAUGAGUCUGAUAGUGUGUUUCAUAACUGCUGUAAUUUAGAAAGACAAUCUUGUGCAGAGUAAAAUGAAUUUUAUCCCAUUCUACUUCUUUGUAUCCUAUAGGUAGGAGGGAUGUUUUCUCUAUUAGCAAGAGCAGCCAAUUGCCGUUCAGGACUAUACAAAUAACUGAAGAUAAAAAUGCUGCUUGGAACAAUAUAUUUUCUUGAGGAUUUAGAUUGCUGAUAAUGCAGGGUGAAAUUUUUAACUUUGGGUGUCUGUCACAGCUGGCAUUGUCCAGCAAGAGAUCCUUGUUGCACUGUCUGCAAACUGUCAGAUUUUUCAGGUUUGUAUCUGACAGUGUCCAAGGAUUUUUUAAGGAUUCAUCCUGAUCCACUCACGCUGAUUUUGUGUGGGGACAGAUUCAAUAUUUAUUCUGUUAAGACUGUCAGAUACUAAAAGCACAAAACCUUCUAUUUACAAACAAAACAAUAUGCCCAGGAGAACAAGUGAUUAAAAUGGCAGUAAAGCUAAUGAUGCAAAUUUGCCCAGUUUUAGCUUUUUCAACUUUGUCCCUGCAACAUCGAAUUUCUAAAAGCUGUGAUAAACAAUUUUAGAGCAUAUUAUGGGGUUGUUAUUAAUAAAAAUGUUAUUUAGGUUAAAUGUGACUUGCUAUUGAAUAUGGGCUGUGUCUAAAGUGCAGAACUACAUGGGAAGCCUCUCCAUUAUGAAGGUUGUGAGCUGGAAUGUAGAACCUUCACAAUUCAAACUAAAUGUAUGUGGCAGGUAUUUUAUGCUGUGAGUUUGCAUCUGUACCAAAAUACCUCUGUAAAGGUGCUUGUCACUCGUCUUUACUUCUGUCAUUGAUCUAAAAUGUUUGAUCUAGCUAAGACAAUAAUGAAUUUUUGCCUGUUGUCAGACUAAAGAAUCCGGCUCAAAUUGAUCACACACAAUCUCUUCAAUUGUCUUAGCUUCUCUCUUGAAACAGCUGCACCCUGUGCACUGGAGUAUCAGGCAGCCUGUCACCUACCUCUCCUACACAGCACGAACCACAUUGUUGGCGUUCAGCUAAUAAAUUCUUUCUUUUAUUAACCUUA